AUGGCUCAAUUCGAAAAGACCUUUGGCCAUCUAUCAUCCACCGUACAUGGCCUCACAAUUUCUAUGAUCCUCAUUCCGGCUGCCAUAAGUUCCUUCUUCGGGGGACAUCUCGCCAACUCAAUUGGGAGACUGAGAGGUAUUGCUUGUGGCGCUGCCAUCUUUGCGCUUGGUGGUGGAAUUGAAGCAGCGAGUGUGCAUCUGGGUGUGCUACUUGCUGGACGGGCAGUCAAAGGGAUAGGUGAGGGGCUAUUCUUGAGCACUUUGGUAGUAUACAUCACGGAAAUCUCACCUCCUCAAUCCAGAGGCACACUAGCGUUCAUUCCACAAUUCCUAAUCACCGUUGGAGUCUGCGCAGGAUAUUUCAUUUGCUACGGUACCGUGAACAUCGCUUCAUCGGCCUCCUGGCGAAUUCCUUUCGCCCUACAAUCAGUCCUCGCUUGUGCCUUCACAAUCAGCACGCUAAUUCUCCUCCCUGAAUCACCACGGUGGUUGACAGCACGUGGCCGCCACAAGGAAGCGCUCCUCAUCUGGGAUAUGUUAGGAAUCGCCUCUACGGAGCGCGAGAAGAUUGAGGAGCGACAAGACAGUGCCCUGCCACCCCCGGUGAAAAUGAAAGACAUCUUAGCUGUUUUCAGCAAGAAGGCCAGAAGGCAGACAGGACUCGGCGUUUUCCUCAUGGGCGCUCAGCAAGCGAGUGGUAUAGAUGGCGUAUUAUAUUACGCUCCUCUACUAUUUGCCUCUGCCGGGCUCUCGUCUUCCACCGCUUCGUUUCUCGCUUCGGGUAUCUCUGCACUGCUCAUCUUGCUUGUCACGAUCCCGGCCUUCCUGCUCGCUGAUCGCUGGGGAAGAGCAACAUCGACUAUUUUUGGUGGGCUAGUUCAGGCAGCUUGUAUGUUCGUCAUGGGUGCGUUGUAUGCAAGUGGUAGCGUGCACUCUGAUAGGGGAACAGCGAGAUGGGUGGUUGUCGUGUUGAUAUAUGUGUUUGCUAUGGUGUUCAGUGGGACUUGGGGGGUCUGCUUCAGAGUUUAUGUUUCUGAGAUUCAAAGUCCCAAGACGAGGGCUGGUGCGAGUAGUCUGGCGCUGAGUGCGAACUGGGUCGUGAACUGGAUCAUAGCAUUCACCACGCCAAUUUUUCUGGCCAACUCGUCAUUCGGUGUCUAUUUUUUAUUUGGAAGCGCUGCACUGCUCACAACCAUAGUUUGCGUGUUCUGGAUGCCUGAGACGAGGGGGAGAAGUCUGGAGGACAUCGAUGCGGAGUUUACUGGAAAACAUAAGAGUAAUGGCAAUGGACUUGAGAACGGAAACACGAGUGGCAAUAUGCUUGUUGACAUAUCUAGCGAGAGCAUGGACAUGGAGGAGAUGGGUGGUGGCAGCGGGAGAGAGAGGGGCGGCAGAGGAGCGGGUGAGAGUUCGACGACCUGA